CUUAUCAGAGAGCAACCCCCCUCUCUCUCUCUCUCUCUCAUGGAGCCAGGCAGCAAUUCAAGCAAAUCGGAAGUAGCCUUUGAGAGGCUUCCGAUGAUAAGAGUCUACAAAGACGGCCGCGUCGAGAGGCUCCUUGGAACUGACUUCGUCCCGCCGUCCACUGACCCCGAAACCGGCGUUUCAUCCAAGGACGUCACCAUCCCCGUCGCCGCCGCUGCCACCACGGCCACUUCCGAGCCCUCCUCCCAUGUCAUCUCCGCUCGUCUCUUCCUCCCAAAACUCACUGACUCCCGAAAACUCCCGCUCCUCAUCUACUUCCACGGUGGAGGGUUCUGCAUCUCCUCCCCGUUCACCGCCAUUCACCACGGCUACCUCAACGCCUUGGUCGCCAAGGCCAAGGUCGUUGCCGUCGCGGUGGACCACAGGAAGGCCCCGGAGCACCCGAUACCAGCGGCUUAUGAGGACGCCUGGGCUGCGAUACAGUGGGCGGCUUCACACUGCGACGGAGAUGGCCCGGAGGCUUGGCUGAACGAGCACGCCGAUUUUGGGAGGGUGUUCUUGUCCGGAGAAAGCUCAGGUGCCAAUAUUGCUCAUAACACGGCGAUGGCGGCCGGGGAUCCCGAGCUCAGGCUAAACAUCCGGCUUCUUGGAGUUGCACUAGUCCAUCCUUUUUUCUGGGGUUCCACUCCGAUCGGAUCGGAGGCACUGCCUCCUAAUAAGAGGGCCGAUGUGGACUGGCUAUGGCCUUUUGUUUGCCCGUCUAAGCCGGACAAUGAUGAACCGUGGGUCAACCCAAUGGCCGAUGGAGCACCGAGCUUGGCGGGGCUCGGGUGCGGGAGGGUGCUGGUGUGUGUGGCUGAGAAGGAUAUAUUAAAAGACAGAGGGCAGUUGUACUAUGAGGUGUUGGGUCGGAGCGGGUGGAUGGGCGUGGCGGAGAUCAUGGAGACGGAAGGGGAGGGUCACGGGUUUCAUUUGUUUGACAUGAAAACUGAGAAAGCUAAGGAUUUGAUCCGGCGGCUGGCAGAUUUCCUCAAUCGUGACUUGCCGCCUUUGAUGUCUUAAUUAGAAAAAUUCCCCAAUUUAUGUCUCAUUCUAUGGAAGAUGCGGUGGAAUAUUAGGAGUUAGUAUGGACGUACAUCUUAGACCGUUUGCCUCUUAGGCGGAACAUGUAUGAUUUCCACGUAUCAUAAAUAAAAUCAAAGGUUGUAAUGUACU